AUGCUGGGGACGAUUCCUGGCAAGGAGCAACAAAGCAUGAGACCACUUCUUAUUGCCCUGGUCGUGCUCGCGCUUCUGGAGGCGGUGCUUGGUCAAUUGGGUUCGGGCUACGGUUCUAUCAGCGGCAACAACAUCGGUAGACCAAACCUCCCUGGUCUGUCAGGUUCAACUGGAGGUAUCACUGGCGGACAUGGAAUACGGCCGGGUGCUUCAGGCUUUGCCUAUGGUGGCUCUACUGGAGGAGUCUCAAAUCCUUCGAUUAGCUCAGGUUUUGGCGUUGGCGGCUCCGCGGCUGCUGGCGCUGCUGGCAGCGUUGGGGGAUCACUGUCGGGCACUUCGGGUGGUCCAAGUUUUAGCGCUGGGGGUUCUGACAGUGCUGUUGGAUCAGGCUUGGGUGUUAUUGGGGGUGCAGGUUCGGGCUACGGUUCUAUCAGCGGCAACAACAUCGGUAGACCAAACCUCCCUGGUCUGUCAGGUUCAACUGGAGGUAUCGCUGGCGGGCAUGGCAAACUGCCGGGUGCUUCGGGCUCUGGUCAUGGAACUGUUGGCCUCGGCGGUGCUGGCGGCCUUAGAGGAUCACUUUCGGGUACUGGAGGUGGUUUAGGUUUUGGUGCCGGUGGCUCUAGCAGCGCUGUUCUAUCAGGGUUGGGUGUUUCUGGUGGUGCCGGUAUUGGUGCCGGGGGUUCUAGCAGCGCUGUUGGAUCUGGGUUAGGUGUUUCUGGUGGUGCAGGUCACGGUGGCAUAAUUGGAGGAGGACUUGGUUCCGCAAGUAGCUCAGGUUUCGGCUCCGGUUCUAUCAGCGGCCACAACAGGGGUAGACCAAAGCUCCCGGGUCUGUCAGGUUCAACUGGAGGUAUCGCUGGCGGCCAUGGAACACUGCCGGGUGCUUCGGGCUCUGGCUAUAGUGGCCCUGCUGGAGGAGUUUUAGGUCCUUCGAUUAGCUCAGGUCAUGGCAGUGCUGGGCUCGGCGGUGCUGGCGGCCUUAGAGGAUCACUUUCGGGUACUGGAGGUGGUUUAGGUUUUGUCGCCGGGGGUUCUGGCGACGCUGUUGGAUCAGGGCCUCGAGUUUCUGGUGGCGCAGGUCUUGGCGUUGGUGGCCUCGGCGCUACUGGUGGUGCUGGUGGCGUUGGCGGAUCAUUGUCGGGUGGUCCUGGUUUUGGCGCCGGAGGUUCCCGCGGUGCUGGUGGAUCAGGGUCCCGUGUUUCUGGUGGCGUAGGUAUUGGCGCCGGGGGUUCUGGCAGCGCUGUUGGACCAGGGUUGGGUGUUAUUGGUGGUGCAGGUCACGGUGGCGUAUCUGGAGGAGGAUCUGGUUCCACAAGUAGCUCAGGCUACGGAAGCAAGGGUGGCUCUGCUGGAGGAGCUUUGGGAACUUCAAGUAGCUCGGGUCAUGGCAGUGCUGGCCUCGGCGGUCUUGGCGGUGCUGGCGGCGUUAGAGGAUCACUGUCGGGUACUUCAGGUGGCUUAGGUUUUGCCGCCGGGGGUUCUGGCGACGCUGUUGGAUCAGGGUCCCGAGUUUCUGGUGGCGUGGGUUUUGGCAGCGGGGGCUCUGGCAGCGCUGCCGGAUCAGGGGCGGGGGUUUCUGGUGGUGCAGGUUCUGGCGUUCGUGGCCUCAGCGCUGCUGGCGGUAGCGGCGGAUCACUGUCGGGAACAUUGAGUGGAUUAGCUUUUGGCGCAGGGGGCUCUGGCGGCGCUGGUGGAUCAGGGUUGGGCGCUUCUGGUGGUGCAGGUUCGGGCUCCGGUUCUAUCAGCGGCAGCAAUAUGGGAAGACCAAAGCUCCCGGGUCUGUCAGGUUCAACUGGAGGUAUCGCUGGCGGACAUGGAACACUGCCGGGUGCUUCAGGCUCGGGUUCUGGCGUUGGAGGCCUGGGGGGUGCUCACGGCGUUAGCGGAUCACUGUCGGGCACUUCGGGUGGUUUAGCUUUUGGUACCAGGGGUACUGGCAGCGCUGUUGGAUCAGGGUCGGGUGCUUCUGGUGGCGCAGGUUUUGGCGUUGGUGGCCUCGGCGGUCCUGGCGCUGCUGGCGGCGUUGGUGGAUCAAUGUCGGGUACUCCGGGUGGUUCAGGUUUUGGAGCCGGGGGUUCUGGCGGCACUGUUGUAUUAGGGUCCGGUGUUUCUAGUGCUGCAGCUGGAGGUAUCGCUGGCGGACAUGGAAGACUGCAAGGUGCUUCAGGCUCUGGCUCUGCUGGCUCUGCGGCAGGAGUCUCAGGACCUUCGAUUAGCUCAGGUUUUGGCGUUGGUAGCCUCGGGGGUGCUGGCGCUACUGGCGGCCUGAGCGGAUCACUGUCGGGCACUUCCAGUGGUUUAGCUUUUGGCACCGGGGGUACUGGCAGCACUGUUGGAUUGGGGUCGGGUGCUUCUGGUGGUGCAGUUAUAGGUUCCCGCCCGGGUUCCAUCAGCGGAAACAACACUGGUAGUGGAAGACUUCCGGGCAUGUCAGGCUCUACAGCUGGAGGCAUCGGUAUCGCUGGCGGACAUGGAAGACUACCGGGUGCUUCAGGCUCUGGAAUCCCUGGUUCUCACAACUGCACUCAACGUGAAACAUGGAAGUUUGGUGCGAGCAGUUCUUGCGGAGAGCGGAACUGCCGCUUUUUGAAGAUAUCUUCUAACGGAACUACUAAGGCUUGCACUAGGGACGCCAAAAGCAAAUGUUAUUGCAAAGCUGUGUACUUGAGAAGAGAUAGCGACGGCGCUUGCGUCACACUGGCAGAAUGCGGAGAUCAAGCAGCCAAUGGUCGUAAAACAGGCCCCGGCUACUUGCCUGUAAACGUGCAAUAAACGUACUUCAGAGAAUGUGCAACGACGUCUUAACUGUUAUUUUUGAGGAGAUCGGAGUUUAUUUGAAGGAGGCAGCAGCACACAAUGCGCGUGGGCAAGUCUGACUAGUUUAUAAUCUUUGGGAAUUGUCUGAUCGACAGAACAAAGGCGUUCAAGUUUCAAAGACCCAUAAAGCCUACAACUGCCGUCGUUUUUGUUAUUUAACUUUUUUUUUUACAAUCGGAAAAUUUGUCGUUCCAAAAAAAAAAAAAAACAAGAAGUUACGUGUCGUACUCAGAGAUAUAUCACCGGAAAUUGUCGGUAACUCUACGAGCGUAAUAUAAAAUCUCGAAUAAAACUAGUU